GUAUGAUAUUUUGAAACUUUUCUGUACUACUGAGCUUUAACUUUUGCUUGAAAUGAACAGUCGGGCAGGGUACUUCCUUUCUGCAAGAAGUUUCCUGAGUACAACACUCAUACUAAGAGUAACUGCCAUCAACACGCGAGGGAAGUUGCACAUGCUUCUUGAGGUUGAGAAAACAACAAUGAACAUGUCACACGAGUACAACUUUACCAAAAUGGAUGCAGCCACCUUGGCCAUGUUUGACAACAAAUGGGCCAGUAAUCUUGUCUCAGCCAUCUACGUUGUAGUGACUCUGGCUAACCUCAGUGGUAAUGGACUCUCUCUGUUUCUGCUGUUGGUACGCACCUCUCCGAAGAGCCCGUCGAUCAUCUUCAUGAUCAACCUGACCCUAACUGACCUGAUACUAGGAACUGUGCUUCCAUUUCAGAUCCUCUACCAAAUGCAGGGCUACAACUGGACUUUGGGUACAGGGAUGUGCAACGUGCUGACUGUUGUAUUUUACGCCAACAUGUACUGCUCUGUUUUGUCCAUGACUGCCAUCAGUGCUGACCGCUAUCUGGGCAUCGUGAAACCGAUGCGCUUCAGAGAGAAGAGAAAGAAUAAAUAUGCAGUCAUGGCCUGUAUAUUUAUGUGGCUAUUGGUCCUUGCCAUUCUGAGUCCUUUGGAAAGCUCAGAUCUGACAUAUUAUGUAAAAGAGCGUGAAAUCAUCACCUGCUUCGACGUGUUACGGAGAAACAUGUUACCGUCCAUUGCCCACUGGGCGGCCUUCCUGUUCGGGAUGUUUAUUGUUCUCUUCCUCUGUCCGUUCAUCAUAACGGUGUAUUGCUACAUUAAUAUCAUCUGUACGCUGGUCAGGAAGGCUAAAAGUCAUCAAAAAGGGCGUGCCGUGCGUCUGGCAUGUGCCGUUUUGUUUGUGUUCAUAUUUUGUUUCGCACCCAAUAACAUAUUACUUUUGGCACACACGAUUACAAGACUGUACUAUGGCAAAUCUCUUUAUAUGUACUAUAAGCUUUCUCUCUCUCUCAGUUGCAUUAAUAGUUGCAUAGAUCCAUUUAUAUAUUAUUUUGCCUCUAAAGAGUUCCGUCGAAAGCUAAGACAAAUGCUGAGGUUGCAGACUCUCAGCACGACAGAGACUCAAAUGAUCGAGGGCCAUAGGGAGAGCAUUUUCUCUGCUCGCACGACAUUCAAUGCAAAUGAUGACUGAACUCGAAGCUGCACUGCCAAAUGUGUCAGACCCCGUGUGAUAACCAGGAGGCCACCGCUCUGACAUAACUUUCAACAUUUCUAAUAACCAGUGUAAUUCAUAAAGAAUAUUCGAAGAAGGACUAUUUUUCCUUAGAUUAGUUUUAGUUGUUUUGUUUUGUGUUGCAUCUUGCAUUUGUUCUGUUUUUAUUUCCUGGCAGGGCAGCUGAGGAAAAGCAUGCCACUCACAUGCCUUUUCAAAACAUGGCAUGUGAUGUUUGUAUAUAUUUUUUUUCUGGUACUGGAAUAACCAAGUUCCUCUCACUGAGGCUUUUGCAAAACUUGUGUGUUGUUUUGAAAAAGUUAACAGUUGUGUGUUGGAACCGUGUAGCAUUAUUAGGAAACUAUUUCAUAUUUCAUGUUUUGGGCUAACUGUAAAAAGUAAAAAUACAGUAUAUUAAAAAGACUUAUGGCAGCUAUUGAACAUCUAAGAAUGAUCUACGCUGUAAUAUGUGCUGUUUGGGCUGUUUUAGUAUUUAUUUUACAUCUUUUAACUUAAGCUGUUUAUAACAUUGCUGCAUUAUACUGUGUUAUACUGUUUUAAAGUGUAGUGCACUCUGUUGUAACAAAGUCGCCGUGUGUCACCUUAAAUUUAAUAAAUACAUUUUA